AGCAGUUGACUUUGUGUCUUUUCAAUGUCAAGUAGGUAUGCUACUUAUCGGCGAUAGUAAUAGUUUUAAUUAAAGCAUAAAUUUAUAGUAUCAAAUAUAUUUAUAUGUGGUUGCAGAUGCUACUAAUAAGCAUAUGAAUAUUGGUCGUGCUGCCUCCCGUCUACUGUCGACUAUGUAUCGGGAUUCCGGAACAAAUUUAGCCUCCCUCAGUCCGGCGCAGAUUAAAACCUGGCUCGACUCGUUCGAUACAGUGCUGACCGACUGCGAUGGUGUCAUCUGGGUGGACAACGAGCCAUUGUCGCAUGCAACCGACGUAAUUAAUAAAUUUAUCGAUAAUGGGAAAAAGUUGUUUUUCGUAACUAAUAACUCUACUAAGACACGACCCGAAUUCGUAACCAAAGCCGUGAACUUAGGCUUCAAUGUCGGCGUUGACAACAUUAUCUCCACUGCAUAUCUGGCUGCUCAAUACCUAAAGGCGAAAAAAUUCAACAAAAAGGUUUACGUCAUUGGUACGACGGGUAUCACCAGAGAGCUGGAAGCGGUAGGCAUCGAACACAUCGGUGUCGGUCCAGACAAUCUGCAAGGGACACUGGUCGAUGCAGUGCAUGGCUUCAGUCCGGAUCCCGAAGUUGGGGCGGUAAUUGUCGGCUUUGAUGAGCACUUCAGCUUCGUUAAGAUGAUGAAAGCUGCCACGUAUCUCAACGAUCCGGAGGUGAUUUUCAUCGGAACGAACACCGAUGAACGCUUUCCGCUGCCGGAUAGGGUUAUUCCCGGGACGGGUAGUAUCGUUAAUGCCGUGACGACUUGCACCGAGCGGCCACCGACGGUGAUGGGCAAACCGAACAAGUACAUUUGUGAUAUUUUGGAGCAGCAGUACAAGGUGAAUCCGGAGCGCACGCUAAUGAUUGGUGAUCGGUGCAAUACCGAUAUACUGCUGGGAAAGAAUUGUGGCUUUCAGACAUUGCUGGUUGAGACAGGGAUUCACAAGGCGGAGGAUGUGGCGAAAUUUGCACAGUCCGACGAUCCGGAAACUAGAAAACUGGUGCCUGAUGUUUACUCCGGUAUGCUGGGAGAUCUGCUACCUUACCUUUAGGUGACUAUAGACAAGUUUAUAGACAAUUUAUCUUCCGCUUGGUUCAGCGGGUAAAUGAAUUUGUACGCGCGUAUAGUUUAAUAGACAAUAAAGUCAAUGUUGUGUUUGUGUCA